GUCUAGAUUCAAAGAUAAUAUUGCAGAAUAUGGAAGAAGUACUUCAAACUGUGAAGAAGCAACACAAGGAAAAACAUCGACGCAAAAAAGAACUCAAAAAAUUAGCAAUGAUAGAAGCAGCGUCAGCUGGCACUUCGAGUAAGAAGAUUGAUGAUGAACUAGAUGAGCGCGAUCAAAGAUCGAGCAGCAAUGUGGAAAGGAAAAGCAAACAUCGUGACAAGGAGAAACGUCCCACAAAAAAGCGACCCUUGCAAGAAAAAUCCACGGUAGAGAAUGGGAAAGUAUUACCAGAAAGCCCAAUAAAGUCGGGAACCAUUCUGCAGCAUUUUCCACGUACACCGAAAAAGGAAAAAGUUGAAGAAAGCUUGACUUUAGGAAUGGAAACAACUCUAGAGAUUGACGUCGAUGCUGACCACGAGAAUGGAAAUAAAGUUGAGAGGGCUUCAGAAAAGCCAUCAAAAGUCACUAAUGCCUUUGAAGUUAUGAUGAAUGCGCGUAACAAGACAAUAGGGUCGAAUACUCCUGGUAAGGACUCACCUUCGCCAGUGGCAGACAAAAACACUAACGAAGUAAUUGUCAAAAGAAGGCUAAAACUUCAGGAAUGGGCCGAGCAGAAAGGAGGAGCCAAAAGAAAACUUGAUGAGGAAGCUAGAGCAGCUUAUGUGGAAGAUCAAUUAGAACAAAGAGCUAAGCGGUUUAAAGAGAUGCUAGUGAAUGGCAGCAGUCCGAAGGUAAAAAAUCAAAAACAAGAAUCAGCAGAAAAGGCAAAACCAAAAAGGACUGGCCGGAAGCCAAAGGACGAGGAACGAGCAGUGGAAACGAAGAAGCGAACAUCACGUACUCGACGUCUAAGUUCAAUCGAUUCUGUGGAUUCCGUUGAACUUUCUAAGCAGCCCGUUGACGCAGAAACGGAAGAGUUUUUGGCAAAAUUGAAUUCACCAACCAAAAAACGUGACAGCCUGCUUGGAUAUUUCCAGAAAAAAGAGUCGCCAAAAGAAAUGGCUGAAAGGCAACUAACAAAAUCACAAAGAAACCAAGAAAUUCCUAUUGGCACAAAGGAAAUGUCAAGCAGGUGCGAAAAUACAAAAACACCAGUAUCAAAUUCGGAUUGUCUGAUCCAAGAAAUAGGCACACCCAGUGGAAGGCCAAGACGUUCCUGUACUGGAAAAGCACGUUAUGAUUUCGAUUUAGAAGAAAGUCCAUCUAAAGCUACGAGAAACACACCAGCGCGUAAGAGCGGAAGUCGAAGUUGUCAGCAAUCAUCCGCUAAAACGAAGCCUGAAGAAGAUAAUUGCGACGUCGUUAUUGUGUUGGAUGAUAGUUCAAAUUUGAGUGCAACUAUGGGCAAUAUUACACCACAAGGAACACCUAAGAAAUUAGCCCCAUUGUUUGUGCGUUCUGUUCCAAAACCUAGUCCUGAUCCAGAAUUUUUAAAAGCACGAAAAGCCUUUCUCCUCUCUGGUGUACCCGAAAAGUUACGCAUUGAACAAGAAAAACAGAAACAGCAGGAACAAUGUUACGAAGAAUCUAUUGAAAUAUUUCCUCAAAUAUCACAUAUUAAACAACUAACUGAGACUGAAUUGGCCAUUGAAAAACAAAGUUUUAGCUGUACAUAUACAAUACAUCCUGAGGAAAUUUAUUUGCAAUUACCUUCGCCGCCGCCAACACGCAGAGGAAAAGGGAAAUCAUCUAAACGCCUUUCCCAAACAGGAACUUUUUCGGAUUGCACACCGUCGGACUUCCAGAUUAACAGACGUAUACAAAAUUCGUUUAAAAUCGAAAAUAUGUUACUGCCCACAUUGGCCAACAAGAGAGCCAUAAUUAAGAACUGGAAAACUGAAUUUGAACGAUUUCCUACAUUUAAAUGCUACAAUCAGAUGCGAGAAAAAUAUCGCUACUUUAGUGCUAUAGAUUCAGCACAGGAUACGGAGCAAGUUUCGGAUUCUUUGGUGGUAACAAGACGAACACGGCGUUCUAUGGAACAACAACGUAAAAACGAACAAGAUAAUCCAGAUGAGGAAUACAAGCCACCACCUGCUGCCCCAAAUGGAGAGUUGCUGUUUAGCGAAAAAUACAAACCUUUGUUGUUCGAACAGGUUCUGGUUAAUUUAAACCCUGUAACACAAUUGAGAGAUUUUCUCUCAAAUUGGUCGAGUGGUUCCUCUUCCAGCAGUGCAAAAAAUUCUCAAAACUUCGACGACAGCAUGGACUUUAAUGAUUCUUCCUGUAGUAAUCAGGGCGCUUCUUGUAAUACAGUAGUGCUUUUGGGACCAGUAUCGUCGGGAAAAACCAAUGCUGUAUUUGCUUUAGCUAAUGAUAUGAAUUUCAAUGUUUUGGAAAUUAAUGCUGGAAUGAAAAGGACAGGAAAAAAAUUGAUCCAAGAAUUGCAGGAAGCAACCCAAUCACAUCAAAUACGUAAAGAUGCUGCAGGAUCGGGUUCAUCACAAAAGAAAAAUCUACUUAAAAAAUCACUCAACGGUCUAAAGACGCAAAUGAUGCGACAAAACUCAAAUAAUGUUGAUUCGACCGGUAGUGAUUCUAGUAAUAGCGAAUUGUCACAGUCGACUCGUAAGUGUCUAAUACUAAUAGAAGAUGCUGACAUUGUAUUUGAUCAAACCGACGCCGGCUUCACCGAUGCUAUUUAUACAUUAGCAGCUAGUUCAAAACGGCCGGUUAUUGUAGUUGCAUCUAAUCCAAAUUGUGCUCACUUACAGCGUUUAAUGGCACAAAAUACAAUACAUUUUUCUUCGCCUAAUGUGCUAAAUAUUUCAAAGUUCUUGGCGGUAUUAUCGCUUAUCGAAAAUUGUCCAGUGCUCUUGGAUGACAUUAUAUCCCUGUACCUAUACAACAACCGGGAUUUAAGAAAAACGCUCUUGGAACUCCAAUUUUUCAUACAGAGCGGAGGUGAUCGACACAAACAGUUAAAUAAAGCAGGAGACCAAAAUAAAUCUGCUGAAAGCAAAGAUAACAAUAGCAGCUACUUUGCAUCACCCCGUAAACGUCAAUUUUCUGUAGAACAAGAACAGACAGAUAGCCAAGAGAAUACUCUGCAAGUAGGCACCAAAAUACCAACAAAAGAUAAAUCGACGAAUAAGGGAGUUUAUAUGCAUCGUUCGCUGUUUGAGUUCUUUACCGUCUGUCAAAAUUCAAAAUUCCGAGUACCAUUUCCAGUCGACUUUCGGACAUUUAGCAUUAAUUUGAAUGACAUUUUUGGGGUGUCUCGCAAGUUAUUAGAAAGCAGUGAGUCAAAGCAACCGGAAGUUUUGUCGAAGAGCACUACUACUUCAAAGCGCAAAUCUAAAUCUCCAAAAAAACAGUGGAUUAAAAAUCACACUUCCAGCCCCUUGGAUAAUUUGUGUUUUUUCUAUGAAAAUUUAUCUGUUGCUUCUAUGUUGGACAAUGAAACAGAACAACAUUCUAUGUCGUCUGUUAUGGACCGUCUGAAUCCCAAUUUAUCUGAAAGUAUUUCUCACAACUUACUCGAAAGAGCAAUUGACAUCAAUCUGGAAGCCGAUGUGUGUCCCUACAAUCUGUUUGAUACACCAAAAACUAUAAUAUCACUGUGCAACGAAAUGGGUUCAACGCAACUUCGAUCAAAACGAGUACGCAAUUUGGAUUAUGAGCCCACUUUAAGGAACAUAUGUCGAAGUGAAAAAGUACGUUCAACCCUAGAGAGGCGUUCGACACGAUUUUAUCAUUACUUAAGAACAUAUGCUGUAAACGUGUGCAAUUUCUCAACAGCAAAUUUUGAUCAAGCGUGCGAUGUUUUCCAAGCAGCAUCGGAAGUUGAGAUUGAACAAGCGAGCGGAACAACAUAA